UCACAGAGUCAACCGUCAGUUUUUGUCUCCUCCAGAUGUUUCUCCUCUCUUGUAGGGCAGCAGAAGCAUCAGCAAUUGCAGGAGAUGAGCAUGGCCCUGGAAGAGGACACCAUAGAGAUAGCCGCCCUGGGCCGUCCCCUCCGGCUGGGGACGUUGUACGACUGCCACAAGGAUGCGCUCAUCCCAGGUGUCACCCUUUGGGACUACAGCUCUAUUCAGAAAACCAUCAAGCCUCAGCCCAAGACAGCCACUGAUAUCAUUGCAUCUGACAGCAUAGAUGACAAGGCCUCUGCCCUGGACAUUUCAGCCUCCCUCAAGGCCAGUUUCCUGGGAGGGCUGGUUGAAGUGGGAGGGUCAGCCAAGUAUCUCCAGGACACCAAGAAGUCCAAGAAACAGGCCAGAGUCACCGUUCACUACAAAGCCACCACCAGGCAUGAACAGCUGGCAAUGAGCCACCUGGGAAUCCAGAAUAUCUCUUACCCAGCAGUCUUUGAGCAGGGCACAGCCACCCAUGUGGUCACCGCCAUCCUCUAUGGAGCCCAGGCCUUCUUUAUCUUCGACCGAGAAGUUUCUUCAAUGGAGAAGGUGGAAGAUAUACAAGAAAGUCUCCAGCUUACAAUCAAGAAGGGAAUAUCAAUCACAGGACAAGCAGAUAUGAAGCUAAAUGAGGAGGAGAAAGAGAAUGUUCUCAAGUUCAAUUGCAAGUUCCAUGGAGACUUUUAUUUGGACAAAAAUCCAGUGACUUUCCAAGAUGCCAUGCAGAUUUACACAACUCUACCAAAAAUGUUAGGGAAAGAUGGAGAGAAGGCUGUGCCAGUGCGGGUCUGGCUCUACCCACUGUGCAAGCUGGACCCCAGAGCAGCUAAGAUGGUCCGUGAGAUCAGCCUAAUGUUGAUCUCUGAUGCUGAAAAGAUCUUGGAGGAACUCAAUGAAAUCCAGAUGCAAAGCAACGAUCUAGCCAAGAAUCCCAUCGCUGAGACCUUCCCUGAGAUCAAGAGGAAGAUCCAGCAGUUCAAGGAUCUGUGCAAGCAACACAGGCGGAAUUUCCAAAAACAGCUGGCCAGAGUGUUGCCUUCCAUCCGGGGAGGAGGGCAGGAGGAAGGGACCCUAGUGGACCUCUUGACGUCUGUCAAACGGUCACCCUUCAACAGCCAAAGGCUCCGUGAAUUUCUGGACUCCAAGAAAAGUGAAAUUAACCAUGUCAACUCUUGUCUGACUAUUCUAAAUAAUAUGGAAGUGAUCUCAUCUCAGAACAAGCUGGAAAAAAUAAUUCUGGAUCCCCAGAAUGAAUAUGUGGUCUCCUUUGUAUUUACCUCUUUACAUGAAGAGGAGCCAUUUCUCUUGAGUUUACAGGAUUGGCUUCAGGAGCAAUUCUCACAAGAAUCAGGUAAGCCCACAAAGUCCACUCCCGAGGUCAAGAAAGGCCUGGCCUGGUUUGAGGACAAGGAGAGGACCCAAAAUGCUCGCCAAGCUGCCAAGUCCAUCCAAGACUUUUUCAGUGUCAACCAAUCCAAGGAAAAUGUCCGCUUUGUUGUGGCCUCACUGCCAGAUGUGGACACCCCAGGAGGCUCAAUAUACCUUUAUGAAAAUGGAGAGCUGGUCAGCAAGAACUUUGAGUUGGCCUCAAAACCUCUCCCUUUCCUGAUCAGUGAACCGAGACACGACAGCAUUCAGCUGAAGUUUCAGCCAGCGGAAUAUGGAAAGGCUGCAAUCUCCAGCUAUGAGGUUUUGUACAAGAUCACAGGGGAAGAAAGGCCUGCUGAGAAAUUCCAGGAUUUGUGCUGUAUGAUUGGUCCGGAACUGACUAUAAGCAUCCCAGGGCCUGAACGGAGGAUCGUCCUGGUGGGCAGAAGCGGAAAUGGGAUAAGUGCGACAGGAAACACAAUUCUGGGAAGAAAAGUCUUUAAGCUUAGGAUGUCAUUUUGGUCAACAACAAAAGUAUGCCAAAAGGAGGAAGCACAGUUGAAUGGCAGGAAGGUUGUGGUUGUUGAUACGCCUGGCUUUUUCCCUACCAUAGGUCUACAGAAGGACAUUGUUGCAGAAGUGAGCAAGGGCGUGAAGUUUUGCUCCCCGGGUCCCCACGUCAUUCUGCAUGUGAUGCCUCUUAGUUAUUUCAUCCGGAAGGAGAUGGAGGUGAUUCAGCUCAUCAAAGAGGUUUUUGGCUUUAAAGCCAAGAAUUACAUAAUCCUCUUGUUCACCCACAAAGAUCACCUGAAAGGUCGAUCUCUAGAACAAUUUAUAUCUGCCAAAGCUGAAGACCUGAAGGAAUACAUUGCUGAAUGUGGGAACCGGAUGCUGGCUUUCAACAACGAGGCUGAAGAGGAAGAACGAGAGGCUCAGGUGGCCAAACUGAUGGCCAUGAUUGAUGAUCUGGUGGAAAGGAACAGAAAUGCUCCUUCUUGUACAUAA